CUCGUGAGCUGCGCGAGUGUUGUUGAUGAUCUUAGCGCAGGUGCGCGCUUCUGCAUCUCCAUUCUACAGAGAUGUCAGUAAUCUAAAACUAAGGACUGGAGACCACAGCGGAAAAAGCUACAGAAGAAAACAAAGGAAGCUCUCAGACGAGGGAGAACAUUCUGCCUCAACGUAAAGCUGCUGAUAAAAACAUGGAAUCCGGCCCUGGAGAAAUGGACAAAAAUGGAGAGGAACUCACAGGAAGGAAGAAGUCACGGUUUAAGCAGCUGAAGACGCGUCUCUUUGGAAAACUGAAGAAAAAGGAAAGCGAAGGGCUGAUUAAGCAAAGCCAGUCCGCUAGUGACAUCACUGCUCCAGAGGCCAUAAGGGAAGGCUACGACUCUGAAGAGGAGUUUUCGUACCCGCAGUGUCUGAGCUCCAGGGCGCUGUCUCACGAUAGCAUCUUCUUUACCGAUCAGACCCAGUCCACAGAACCAACAUGCGUUCUUUCACAAGAGAACGUUCAUGGCAAAAUUAAGGCCUUACAAUUGAAACUACAGCAACAGAACUUACAUCUAGGUCCUCCGCCAAUGUUGAUUCCUGGCAAACGCACAGAGGACUCAGGAACCACUUCAGAGGAUGAUGGUUUACCGUGCAGCCCACCUGAGACGUCCUUCCACGAGCGAGUGAAGCAUACAGACGUUUACAAGUAUCCCGGAUCUCAGAAACAUCUGAGCUCUCUGAGUUUAGCAGGAACGGGAAGUGAGGAAGAAGAACAGGGUGAUCCUUUCCAGCCAUCAUCAAGGCCUCUAUCCCCAGUCUCCAAAGCGUCCCCUCAGCCAAUCAUCUCCCCCACCUCCGCCUCGACCACACCCCCUUCAGGAGUUGACUUCAGCAGCCCUGCAUGUUACAUGGCCAGUUUGGAUAACUCGGCUGCCCGUCAUCGCAUGUCAGUCAAACCGAGGAAACAAAGAGCCAGCACAAGGGGAAACAGAGUGCCAACGGUAUCUCUUUCUCCAAGGUAUCGGUCAGAAAGCAUCAGUGAUCUGGACAACGUUCUGUCUGAGGAAGAUGAUGAUGAUGAUGAUGGCACCAUGACGUCCACAGAGACAGAGCAACGUCGUUUGUCUUCCUCUCCGUCUUCGGACCUAAAAGAGAAGCCCAUCUCUACAGAACCUACAGAGAUAUCUCCUGCAAAGUCAGUGCAGAACCAGGAAGAGAACCCCAACAGAACUGAAAUUAAUUUCCCAUCUCUGGGUUUUGACAUCCUUAAGUCGGAAGAGCCUCCUGAAUCUGAGGGCAAAGUCACCACAAAUCCUCUUUAUUUGCAGCCCAUGUCCUUUGGCUUGACCUCAAGCUCAUCGGGUCCACCUUCACCAUCAGGACUUCCAGAAUCUACACAACCAUCAAGAGCAAUAGUGUCAUUAAGAGCCCAUUCACCUAUCCAGAGACAUGAUCCAAAUGAUAUCCAGAUUCAGAUGAGUGAGAAUCUUGUGUGUGGAACAAAUACAAAGGAAAGCCCACAGGAGGAAGCAUCCUUUAGACAAUUUCCUGUACCUCUGCCUCGCAUCAAAAAUCUGAAAAUGGAAAUAAGAAGCCCUAUGUCUCCAAAAGGAGCCAUGGAGGCCUCAACAAAACCUUUCAUUGCAUCUGCAAAGCAUCACUCCAAAACAACAAGUGAGACUGUGACAAAGCAGAAUGAGGGACAUUUGAAAGGUACUCCAGGAAUCAAGACUCAAUCCAACAAACCCAACCUAGAGCCGCAGAAAGAUGAAGCAAGAGAAACGAAACCAACAGAGUUUCAGAAUCUCCUCCAUCAAACACAAGACACAAAGAGUUUUCGCAGAGAAGUAGCGCCUCCUAUGAUGUCCAAACCAACAACAGAAACCAAUCUUAAGACUGAUAUUGCUACAGAACACGAGGAAACAGAGAAACUAGAGGAACCUGAAGACAGAAAACAGAAGAAUACUUUUGGGGUGCAGCUUCGCACAACCUCUCUGUCGCUGAAAUAUCGCUCUGAGGUUUCCAAAAUUAAAGAUGAAACCAAACGGUACAGUUUAGAGUCUAAUACAGUGCUAGCUGACUCAGAAGAGCAUGCUGGGAAAACAGAAACCUUCAGAAAUAUGUGCGAUGGCAAUUCCAAGAAUAAACACAGUGUUCCCAAAAAACAAGAUUCACAGAGCUUGGAGUUUCAGCUUGCUGCCCAAGACAAUGGAAGACCACCUAUCCAGAAUACAUCAGGAGCAACUAAAGAAUCUGUGUCUGAGCCAGGCUGGAAGAAUCUACCCAGAGAGAAGACCAGAGCUUACCAGCCAUUCUUGAACAGACUGGCCACAAAUCACUCACCAGUCCACCCGUCACCUCCAACAGCACCUCCUGCACAGCCUCCCAAACCAUCCGUACAGCCUAAAACACAGCCACUGACCACCGCCGCGCUUCAUCCUCUGAAAACACAGCACACACUGAACACACCAAUUCAGCCGGCCUCACAGAGACCUACUACUAAACCAGCACCUAGUGGAACAAAAGACAAGCAGGACAAUGGUAGGAACUGUACACCAGAAGAUUACACAACAAAGAGAGCAGCAGCCUCCAACAAGAUGGAUGGAAAUGCAAAACACGUCCCAUCUAACACAGAAACACUUACCGUCACAUCUGAGCUUCCAGCAACAUCAGCAUCAUCAUCGCCACCGGACGUCUCUCAGCAGCAACAGCCACGGUCAGAUGGAGCUCAGCCGUCCUGGAUGGAGCUUGCCAAGAGAAAGUCUUUAGCAUGGAGUGACAAAACUUUAGAAUGAAGAUGAGACAAUCGACCAGAGACAUUCAGUGAUGGACUUAUGAAGUGGUGCAAUACCCAAUGUUACAGCGAAUGAAUGUAAUGCUGUGUGUGUGAGAUUGAGUGAGUGAGUGAGUGAUAAAUUAUUAUCUCUUGUAUGCUAAUAUAUUGUAGAAUUAUAAUUAAUUUGCAUUAGUAAGAUGUUACUCAA